CUCUUGUAUUUUAAAUCUUUCUCUCCUUUCCUUACCGUUAGGAAAUUGGAAGUACAAAAGCUAAGCUAUUACACAGAGGAAGAGAGACUUUGAGGAAGCGAAAAAUGGCGACGAAUAUCGGAAUGAUGGACUCCGCUUACUUCGUCGGCAGAUCUGAGAUCCUCGCUUGGAUCAACUCCACACUCCAACUCAAUCUCUCCAAAGUUGAAGAGGCUUGUUCCGGUGCGGUUCACUGCCAGCUUAUGGACGCUGUUCAUCCAGGGAUGGUGCCGAUGCACAAGGUCAACUUCGACGCCAAGAGCGAGUACGAGAUGAUCCAGAACUACAAGGUUCUUCAGGACGUCUUUAACAAACUCAAGAUCACUAAGCACAUCGAGGUGAGCAAGCUUGUGAAAGGAAGGCCGCUUGAUAAUUUGGAGUUCAUGCAAUGGCUGAAGCGGUACUGCGAUUCCGUUAAUGGAGGCAUCCUGCACAAAUACAAUGCUUUGGAUAGGAGAGAGGCUAGCAAGGGAGGAAAAGAAGCAACCAAGAAAGCUGCCGCUCCAUCACAAUCUUCAACCAAAGGUUCCACAGCUGCCGCUAAAUCUCAGUCCUCGCACAAUGCACGAAGGAAUGAAGUGUCUUCAGCAAACCCUUUAAAUCAGACGGUAAAGACCUCAAGACCCACAUCUAGUGGAGGCCCGGCAUAUGAUGAACAGAUCACAGAGUUGAAGUUGUCAGUGGAUAGCCUUGAGAAGGAGAGGGAUUUCUACUUUGCAAAAUUGAGAGACAUAGAAAUUUUGUGUCAAAGUCCUGAGAUAGAAAAUUCGCCUGUUGUUGAAGCAAUACAGAAGAUUCUUUAUGCUACGGACAAUGAUGCAUCAGUGGUGGCCGAAGCUCAAGCCAUACUGUCCCUUCGACGGAAGGAAGCUGAGGCCUUGAGUCCCAUAGCUGAGCUUUCAGAGGAGAGAAACAGUUCAGAAACUCAGAAGAGAAAAAAUAUUGUGAAUUUUGAUGUGGAUGCUGUUGGCAUUACCACAUUGUCGCCGAGGCAAAGGAUUUCUGAUGCUGCCGAUGUCCAUUGCAGUGGGUCACCCCUUAUGACUUACUGAUUAUCCCUUUCUUUCAUGGAUGUGAUCUUACUUCCAUCCUCACAGAACAAUUUUUGUAGAAUAUUGCUACAUAUAUUUCUGCCCUCUCUGAUGUGUUGUCCAUUAUAGUUACAAGUAAAUGGAAGAGACGUGGGUUUAAAUGCAUGCCUUUUGGUGCUGGGUAUUUUGGUUGAGUUGC